AUGAAGAGAAAACGCACUCAAAAUGAAAUGCAAAACAUUACUAGCUUCUUUACUAAAAAGAAUCCUACUUCAACUUCUCUUCCACAUCCAACACAAAAUGAACAAACUAUAUCUCCACCUCAACAAAGUGAACAAACUACAUCUCCACCUCAAGAAAGUGAACAACAUUCAUCUCCAUCUAAUUAUUCAACUCAAAAUUCCCCUCAAAAUGAACAAGGCCAAUGUUCUCCUAAUGCCCCAAUCUUUGGUGAAAGAUUAAGUGAACAUGAAUUUGCUAAUCUUCCACAAGAUCCAGGAAAGAGGAGAAAGAUGAGUCAAUUUCAUAAAGAUGAUAGAGAUUUAGUGAGAAGAAUUUACAUUCAAAGAAAGCCUUGUCAGCCCAAAGACUUUAUAUUUCCUCAAACUUCUAUUUUUGGCAAAAACCGUCACUUUUGUGCUAAGUGGUUUGAUACUUGGACUUGGCUUGAGUAUAGUGUGGAAAAGGAUGCUGCCUAUUGUUUCCCUUGUUAUCUAUUCAAGGAUGAAAAUGCAUUUGGAGGUGAUGCUUUUGUUAGUGAUGGUUUCAAAUCAUGGAAUCGAUCGGAUUUAAUAAGAAAACAUGUGGGUAAGCACAUGAGUGCACAUAAUAAUGUAGUGUUAGCUAUGGAUUUGUUCAAGAAGCAAAAUUCAAGCAUCACACAAGCCUUGACAAAACAAACCGCUGAGAGUACAAAUGCAUAUAGGAAGCGACUUGAAGCUUCAAUUGAAUCAAUCCAAUGGCUUUUACUCCAAGGGUUGCCUUUCCGUGGUCAUGAUGAAAAAGAAAGUUCCUUAAGAAGAGGUAACUUUCUUUCACUUUUAUCCCUUAUUUCCAAAGGUAACCCUGAAUAUUCUAAAGUUGUUUUCAAAAAUGCUCCUAGUAAUUGUCAACUUACUUCUCCAAAAGUCCAAAAAGAUAUCAUAAAUGCAUGUGCAAAAGAGACAACUAAAGCAAUGCUUGAAGAUAUUGAUGGUGAUUUGUUUUCUAUCCUUGUUGAUGAGUCCGCUGAUGAUUCUGACAAGGAACAAUUGGCUCUUUUUUUGAGAUAUGUUAAUAGAAAGGGAGAAGUGUGUGAGCGUUUACUUGGUAUUGUGCAUGUUGUAAACACUGCUUCUUUGACUCAAAACUGCUAUUGA